GCACAUAAGACGGGUCCAAAUACUAGUAUAAUCAACCUGCCUCUUUUUUAGGCUUAGUGGUGCCGACUUUCUAGCAGCCAGAGUAUUAUUGUGUGCUGUUUUUAGAAACCCGGGUUACUCAAUUUAUAUCCUUAUUUUAAAAAGUACUCUGUGCAUUGAAAAUCCAUCAAUACUCCUUAAAGAUAUUGAUGUUCAGAUAUUGUCUUAGAAGGAUGGGAAAAAUAAAUAACUCUUUCCUUUGGGGCAUUUUAUUUGCUUCUGCGACGUGGAGUGUUUCUUUGUAUUUGUAUUGGUUGCUGAACAUGAGCGGUGAAACAGUUAUGAUCAAUGGCGAGAAAAAAAUACAUUACCGUUUAGUGAAUACAGAGGAGAAGAACCGAAUAAAAAAUAAUGACAAAUCUAUUGCUGCCCUAGAAGGCAAAGAUUUACUGUAUGACACCCCUGGAGUCAAAAAUCAGUAUUCAGGAAACAUGUGGAAGUACCAAAAAAAUCCAUCAGAAUAUCAUCGAAAAAUGAUGCUGAAGGAAAAAUAUGCCAAACAAAUGGGACUCAAACUGUCAGCCAAGCCAGAUAAAAGUCUAGACAGUCAAUUUGGAUUGAUACGUAAUAUUGAAGACGUUAGAACUCGUGACAAGGGGUACAAUUUGCAUGCUUUUAACACACUUAUAUCACAACGAAUAGGAAAUCACCGGGGUGUACCCGAUACAAGAAAUAAAUUAUGUCGUAUACGGAAGUACAGUAAUAAACUACCAAAGGCAUCCAUAAUUAUAUGUUUCUACAAUGAACACUUUGAAACCCUCAUGCGUUCAGUGCAUUCAAUAUUAGACAGAACAGAUGAGAAACAUUUAAAAGAAAUCAUCUUAGUUGAUGAUUAUAGUGACAUAGAGGGUCUUCAUGAUGAUAUACAGAAAGCUGUUAAUGAUCUCAACAACAAAAUGCGAAGGGAUGAAGAAAUGCUUGAAACUAAUAACAUAGAUGUAGAGAAUGUUGUAGAUUAUAUCAUUGAUGAUCCUAAUGGGGAGAAGAAGCCCACUGACAGGAAUCCUAAACAUGGUUUGACCAUAAGACUUCUACGGACGAGUCGGAGGGAGGGGCUCAUACGCGCGAGGCUGCACGGGGCCGACAAUAGCAUUGGAGAGGUACUGGUGUUCCUGGACUCUCAUAUAGAGGUUAACACAGAGUGGCUCCCGCCGCUGCUGGCGCGGCUGUCCGAAGGGGUGGACGGGACCACCCUGCUGCACUCGUCCCGAGCGGUCGCGCCCGUCAUCGACGUCAUCAACGCCGACACCUUCGAGUAUUCGGCCAGCCCGCUGGUGCGAGGAGGCUUCAACUGGGGGCUACAUUUUAAAUGGGACAACUUGCCUAAAGGAACAUUGAAAACCGACGAAGAUUUCGUGCAACCUAUCAAGUCUCCGACAAUGGCUGGCGGAUUGUUUGCGAUAUAUCGACACUACUUCAACUACAUCGGGAAAUACGACUCCGGCAUGAAUGUAUGGGGAGGUGAAAACCUGGAGAUUUCAUUCAGGAUAUGGAUGUGUGGCGGGAGCCUGGAGUUGGUGCCCUGCAGCCGCGUGGGGCACGUGUUCCGCAAGCGGCGCCCCUACGGGCUCGGCGAGAAGGAGGACUAUAUGCUGCACAACUCCAUGCGGAUGGCCUACGUGUGGAUGGACGAGUACAUUAAGAAAGUGAUACAUCAGAACCCAUCGGCGUCGCAAGUUUCUGUGGGCGAUAUUUCCGAGCGCAAGGCGCUGCGAGACCGACUGCAGUGCAAAUCCUUCAAGUGGUAUCUCGACAACGUGUACCCCGAGCUCGAGCUGGGCGACGACUCGGCGGCCAAGAGGAGGAUGGCGGCGCUCAACGACCCCGGCAAGAACAAGUUCCAGCCGUGGCAUUCCAGGCAUCGCAAUUACACUGACUCGUUCCAAUUACGUCUGAAAAACACGUCGCUGUGCAUACAAAGCGCCAAGGACAUCAAGAGCAAGGGCAGCGGCUUCGUCCUCGCCAGCUGCAUACGGACGCUUAACCAAAUGUGGUUCGAAACGAGUCGCAAUGAGCUGGUGUUGGGACGGACUCUGUGCCUGGACGCGACGGGGAACGUGGCGCCAACGCUGGGCAAGUGCCACGAGCUCGGCGGUGCGCAGGCGUGGAAACACAAGGCUUCGGCAGGUAGUCCAGUUUACAACGAGGCGGCAGGUAUGUGUCUCGGGGUCGAACGCGCUUACAGAUCGGAGCCUCUCCUCAUGGUCAUAUGUGAUAACCAACCCACGAAUCAAUGGGACUUCAUCAGAUCUUAAACUGUCUACUAACUACUGAAAAUUACAUUACUUAGUGAAGGGUACACGGAAAAAACAUGUCUAGUCAAUCCCAAAAUGCAGAUCUCUUAAUGAGCUAUUACUUACAUCUUCUGUAAUCAUCAUUGUAUAAUAUAAUAUUACGAGUAUCAUAAUAUAUUUUUUCACUGUAUAAUAUAUUUUUCACUUUUAAAAAAGACUAUUCACGGAAAAAAAAUACCUUCAUUAUUACAUCGAUUCCAACUUUAAAAAUGCGAUAACAUAAAAUGUUACUAAAGUGACAAAACAUGUUCUUUCCGUGUACCCUUCAAGUAGUUUAUUGUUAUAGAUAUAUAGUGUUAUAGAUAUGUCAAUAGUUGUACUAUCAACGAUAAUAUUGAGGACAAGUAUACUCGUUGGAUUAUUUUCAUGGGUCGAUUGUACCUUUCCGAAAACGCUUGUAUUAGUAAAGUAGUGUUUAUAUAAAAAUAUUUUGAGGUAUGAUAUAGUCUCAUGCAUGAGAGACAGGCGUAAAGGGUCUAUUCGAAAAGUCAUGCGUUAUUCGUUGUGCGGUAUCUAGGAAAACAAUUGUAAUACUUCACAUAAACGCCUCUUAUUUUCUUAAUUAAUAAUGGAAAACAAUAAACUUAUUUCAUUAUUUCUCUGAGAUGACUUAAAUUUUAAGAAGCUUCGUCCGUUAUUUUUCUAAUCCUCAUAAUGAGCUAUAGUUAGGCCAAUAAAAUUAGAUCCAUAAAAAUCGUUUUGGGGAAUUAAUUUCCAGCAAGCUGGAAAUCGUUUUAAUACCUCCAAUUGGUCCUAAAUGCGUGGGUGGGGUCCAUCUUAUAAUAUAUACCAAAAUAUGAUGUAAUCUAAUUUUAAUAUCAUUCACAAGCAUUCACAGCAUAUAUAACACACGUUGGGAUACCAACAAAAAAUAUAUGUUUAUAACAUAUAUGGUAGAAAUUAUCGAACAUACUUCGUAUAUAUUAAUAUAUAUCAUAUAAAGUUUGUAUUGGUAAAUUAAUGUUUAUAUAACAUAAUAUAACAAAUAGCAAUUGUUACAAAUAAAGAUAUUUGAAAUAUCUUAUAUACUUUGGUAUAACUAAAACAGGCCUCCGUUAGGUUCGACGACGAACGAAGCGAGGAGGAGAGCAAGGUUGAAAUAAAAUGAAAAUAAAAAUAUAGUAUUUAUGUUCAUAGACCUACUAACUGAUAUGGUUUUUGAGGGAACACCCAAUAAUUCCGAAAUAUGUUUUUUCCGAAUUUCAUAAGCACGAUUUUCAUAAUCCCGAUUUUUUAUAAGUCCGAAAUAUUUUUUAAAACACGAUGGAAGAAAAUCACGAAUAUGCUAUUUCUGAAAAUUUUAAAUCCGAUUGUCAUUUUACCGAAAGCUUAAAGUUCCGAUUUAACACUUUUCCGAAAAAAUGUUUUUCGAAUCUUUAAAUUCCGAAAAACCAUUGUCCGAUCGGAAAUAAGAUAAUUCGGAAUUCAGAAAUUCGGUCUUUUGUAAGGUCGGAAAUAUGAAAUUCGUGAUAUUCAAAUGAAGACACGUUUCGUUUGAGUAAUUCGGUAUUCAGAAAUUCGGCCUUUUGUAAGGUCGGAAAAAUGAAAUUCGUGAUAUUCAAAUGAAGACUCACGUUUUAGUAAUUAUUACGGGUGCCUGUCGUGCCGCAUCACGCUAAAUUCGGCAUAAAAUAUUUUUGGCAUAAAAAUUCGGCAUAAACAAAUUCGGAUUCGGAGAUUCGACCUCUAAGAAAACGAACUGUUGCCAGAUAAGUGGGUUAGGUUAGGUUAUAACUGCGACCCCGAAAUGAACGAACUCUUGCCAGAAGUGGGUUAAGUUAGGUUGGAACUGUGACCCCCAAGUAAACGAACUGUUGUCAGAAGUGGGUUAGGUUAGGUUAGAACUGCGACCCCCAAGAAAACGAACUGUUGCCAGAAAAGUGGAUUAGGUUAGAUUAGAACUGCGACCCUCAAGAAAACGAACUUUAACAAUAUAUUCGGAAUAUCGUUAUUCGGAAAUUUAAAAAUUGGGAUAUUUAAAAUAGGAAUAACGUCAAUUCGGAAUUAUACCAUUCGGAAUAAUGGCAAUUCGGAAUUCGGGAUUUCAAAAAUCUAAAAUGUUAAAUUCGGCGUUUUUCACUGUCGGAAUUGUUAUAAUCGGAAUUAUGUGGUUCGGAAUUUAAAAUUUCGGAAUAAUGGCAAUUCGCAAUUCAUGAUUUCAAAAAUCGUAAUUGUCAAAUUCGGUAUUUGUCACCAUCGGACAUGUUAUAAUCGGAAUUAUGUGGUUCGGAAUUUACAAAAUUCGGCUUUUCGGAAAUAUAAAUUUUCGUGAUUUUCAUCAUUCGUAAUUACGACAGUCGGAAUUUUGAUAGGUCGAGCAUUUAAAAAUCGGAAUAAUAAAAUUCGGUAUUCUGAAAUUCGUCAUAACGUUUUUCGGAAUUAUGUAGUGUACCCGGUUUUAGAUCGUUCCACUAUAUAAUUUUUAUGAAAUUUAACUUUUAUACAACAUGAAAUUGUCUAUACUGAAUGUUAACUAAAAACAAAUUAGACAUUUUGACAUUAUACAAUUCGGAUUUUAUACAAUGCAAAUUUUGUUAUUCCAAAUUAUACAAAGUGAGCGUUUAUCUUGUGAAUUUUAUAUUUAUAAUUGGUACAUAUUAUAUUACUUACCUGGCGACCAUUUUUUACAGUUUUGACUACGAAUUCAACGGAUCUACCUUUUGGAUCCUCAGAUAUGGAUUUUCAUCAUGAUUAGACCAUAUUUUUCGUCAGACGUACCAUUUUCGAGCUACAAACAAAAACUGAAAAAGAGCAAUUAAGACGAUUUCCUGCUUGCUGGAAAAUUAAUUCGUCGAAAAAAUCUAAUUUGAUUGGUUUAGUAAGUAUAAGUACAGCAACAUCGUUAGUACAAUAGAUGUGUCAAUAGCGCCCAACGGGGUAUAUUACUAUUUCUGAAAUGUGAGUGUAUGCGAUUCUUGGAUAUUAAUUAGGCCUCAUAGUUAUUGUCGGAAUCGAUAUCUGGCUCAUUUUAAAUACUAGCUCCAAAAAACAGUCGUCGCCAAGUUAGUGACGUGCAGCUUUUUUGCAUUUUUUCUCAAUGAAAUGAUCUAAAACCAGAAUCCUAAUUAUGUUACGAUUUAAAAAGUUACAGUUUGUAAUUGUUCUAUUAAAAAAAAUAUACAUCGCGAACUAUUUUUAGGAGCCAGGUAAUGAAUAACUUAUUUAUUUUAUCUACACACAUAUCAUAAACCCUCUAUGAUGCCUUCAAAAUCCGUAAAUAAUGGCCAACAUUAAGAUAAACUGUCUUGUUACAGCAAAUUUUUUAUCUGUGAAAAUGUUAUUAUUGCUAAAUAAUAACAUCGAUUUCGAUAAUAUUAUUUUAUUCAAAUUUCGAACGUCUCUGAAAAACAAAAAAAAAUGAUUUGACCUCUAUUCUAAUAUUAGUAGAGAUGACGUUUUAUUCGAAUGAAAUGUUAAUUUCAUACAAAUUUAACAAAUCUCGCUUAUUAGUUGGUAUCGAACGAUAUGGCAAUCGACCCCCACUCUAGUUUGUCUCUGAAUUAAAAAAAAACUACGGGUGCGUGACAUGCGUGAAAAAAGUUUUUAUUGCCGCCAUUUGACGUGCAGUUUAUCUUUAAAAGAUUGUAAGUAAAAAAUAAUUUGUUUUGUAGUUUUUAAAGUAACUCUAGCAAAAGUUUCGUGUAAAAUGUGCGAUAAAGAUAUUUCGGAGACGCCACCUCAUAUCCGCGAAUUCCGCCAGAAAGCAACUGUGUCGGCUGUAAUAUGAGGUUAGUGAAUAUAUCAUAGAACGUUUAUAAUAUGUGUGUAGCUAAAGCAGUGUAUGUAACUGUACAUAAUUAGGCAUUAAAACACUCGUGUGAUUCUUUUAUGAAACUCACUACGUUCGUUUCAUAAACCCACAUUCGAGUUUUAAUGCCUUUCAUUAUGUAGCAGUCACAUAAACUACUAUAAAUACGUUUUAAAAUGCACUAUUUGUUAUUUUAAAUUGGUAUUAACUAUAACUGCUGGUCAGCAGAAUCAAUACGAAUCUUAACACUGUACUGCUAAAAGAGCAGUAUAUGUUUUAAUAUACGUACCUGUAGUAUAUACUUUAAAAACCAGUUUUCCUGAAUCGUCCUAUGGAUUUCGAUGAAGUUUACUAAAUACCUACAUUAAUUGAAAUACAGGGUGGCAAAAAAAUAGGGUGGGAUCAAGCACGAAAUCGCGAAAAAAAAAUUACCAAUGGACUAGCCAAAAUGUAUGAAACAGCCAAAAAUUCCCAUAGUAAAAGUUGCUCAGUAUAAUCCCAAAACCUCCCUGGCAACGCGAAUGCACUUAUUUUUUAGCCACCGUGUAUAAGAUGAAAAAUCUUUCAGCUUGAGUUUUAUUAAUAAGAAAGUUUGUUUUUCCACGAAUCUCGAAUACCCAUGCAGAUUUAUUUACAUAUAUUCGUAAUAAUUAGAAUACUUUAAGCUUAGCUUUACUAUUGAACUGCAGUUAAUGUGUAAGUAGUUGUAACUUAUAUAUAUAUAUAUAUACCUAACAGAUUGUUUUUGCGUAGCGUAUUCUUUUUAUAGCCUUAUAUGCUGUGUAACCUAAUUAGUACAUAAUUAUAUAAUUGUUUUGUUCUAUUUUUAGUCAGAUUUUGAUAUCACAAGAUUUUAUCGGUGUUGUAUUGUAAGAGGAGAAGAGGAUAAGCAAAAGCAGCGUAGGAACUAUAUUUUGAAAGGAGACAAUAUUCUUAUAUUUAUGGUAAUAAAUGAAUAAGAUGUAUUUUAAGCUUUAAAAGUUGCGGUUGCCAGAAACGAUAUUUGAUUUUUUCGACAUCUCGUGACAUUGUAAAUAUAUCACGAGCGCUAAUUCUCUUAAUAGCUAAACUUGACACGUCCGCAAAGGUGCUUACAGAUGCCAAGCAGGUCAUGAACCAACUGUCAUUGACGAGGAGUAAUAGGUAUAUUGUGUAUUAAGGGCGAUAAACAAGAACAUACGAACGGGUGUGAAUUGAAGCUCGAAGCUGAAGGCGAGGGCUUAAUUAACACGAGUGGCACACAGUGUUUUUCAUCACACUUGAGAGAAAAAAGGGAAAUAAAUAAAUUACGGCCCUAGUUCAAAAUUUAGGAUUUACGGACCGCAUCGCCUACAUGUAACACCUUUUACGAACAAGUGUGAUGAAAAAUACGCUUUACGGUACAUAUGGUGCUACUUUCCCGCACAAAAGGCCAUAUGUACUGUAAAACUUUGUACACGUGCGAAUAGGUCAUUCGCAACGAGUGGUGAUAAAUUAAAACACGACGUAAAUAACUAUUCUCAUUUACACCGCCGGUAGCGGGAGUAAGCUUGUGGCUGCAAAAUGUAUGAUAUUUAAUUUAUAUGAAAGAAGAUCCUUAGAAACUUUUUUGUCAAUCCUUGGUAAUCACUUGGUUGCUUGGUUGGUCUUGGUGUCGGUUAGUAAUCAUAGCUCAUUGUCGUCUUCUAUCCCGGGAUCGAUAUAUUUAGUUCCUAGUAAUUAAUUUAUUUUUCCCUUUGCUUAUAAUUGUUUACGCUGUAUCGCAGUAUGCUGCAUAGAGUUUAAGAGUGUUUAAUAUCUUAUGGCAACAGGAACUUUGUCACUUAUGAAACCGAAACCGUCCGAAGUUUUUUUGAAGUACUCAUUAAACCCUGUUUUAAUAACACGUAUAGUGGAUUUUGUUUCUACAUAAAUCAAUAACUAAAUCACGGCUGUUAUAACAAACUCAGGUGCUCUAAAAGUAUGGGUAAUGUUAGGGAAUCAGAUAUUUUGUAUGUAUUUUUCAUAAUGAAACCCCUCUCGUAAUGAUUUAGUUUACUAUAUAUGGCGUCUAAAACACCUAGUUUCAGUCCAUAAUUAGGUACAUCUUAUUUCAGAUUAAUUGCUCUGAUUACAUUGAAAUUUGUAGAUAAUAAGAGCAAAGUGGUUUUUGUACGCGUUUUAUUAAAGUAGGAUAGUGUUUAGUGGUCUAGUUAUUAAUCCAAGCCUGGUGCCGUUAGUAUAAGGAAGGAAGCCAACGAUUCGUUCUAGAUAAGGAACACGUAAAGGUAACAUUCUAGGUAAUAUAGGUAAUUUGUACAAUAAUAAUGUUUCAAAACGAUGCGCGAGUUUUAAUUUAUAAAAUAGGUAAAAUUUACUCAUCUGAAACUCGCUUGUUGUAAUAAUGUACAUUCCUAAAAAUAAUUGGGGGGAUUGAAGUGGGAAUUUUAUUGAUUGAGUGUGGUAACUUCCGAAUGAGCGGAAGUGAACUAUUUCACCGGGUAUGCUGACUUAAAGUGUUAGUUGUGUAGCAGGCGUACUAUGGUUGCCUUUUAUACUCAAUAAUGGCAUGAAAAGAAUCCGACUCUAUAGAGCUUCUUAGCGAUAUUCAUUGACAAUUGUCACUUACCCGCAAGUUUGUAAGUGCGAGAGUAACUGAUGUCUUAUAACUUAUUAUACCUAUAGGUUGGCUAAAAAAUAAGUGCAUACCCGUUGCCAGGGAGGUUUUGGGAUUAUACUGAGCAACUUUUACUAUGGGACCAACCACGAAAUCGCGAAAAGAAAAUUACCCUCCCAUAGAAAAUGGACCAGCCAAAAUGUAUGAAACAGCCAAUUUUCUUUUCGCGAUUGGGGGGUUGGUCCCAUAGUACAAGUUGCUCAGUAUAAUACCAAAACCUCCCUGGCAACGGGAAUGCACUUAUUUUUUAGCCACCGUGUAUAACGCACGAUAAGCAGCGAUGUGUGGUAAAUAUGCCACGUAAAUAACGUGUCACGUGUCAACUAAUGUCUGAAAUCUCACUCGACAAUAAUAGCUGUAACGAUACUGUUGUUAUUUACGUUUGACUUGUGAAUUGUUAGUAAGUACAUGCCCGUAUACUCUUAAUGUAUCUAUCUAAGUUCUUAACCAGCAUUCCAAUAUGUUAUUAGCAACGGAAAAUGUGUAAUGAUACACCACGACCACGGAAGAUUUUGUAAUUUCUUUUGCGGUACAAAUCCAGGAAAAAAAAUACUUUUUUGUACUUUUACAAAAAGCAAUAUACCUACUUAUAGGUACGGACGAAAAACAAAAAAAGGAACAUUAGAAUUGAUUAUAAUUGAUUUUCAUCACACUCGCUCAGUAAAUGUGGAAUUGCACGCAGGCUUAGCGGGAACUAUAGAAAAAGCGUUUUCCCUAGGGAGUUAUGCAGUUUCUAGUAUUAUAAUUAAUAGUUUUUUGUCUUUACACUUCAUUUUUGUAUCGCAAGUGUGAUGAAAAACAUUGUGUAACUCGGGGCGUAAUAAUAUUGCAAACUCGAGUCUAUAAAUCGCUCCGGCAAGCCGUCGCGAUUUAACUAUACUGUACUACACUCGUUUGCAAUAUUUAACUUACGCCCCAUGUUGCACAAUGUACUAUUGUUUUACAAGGGAGCAAAGUAGUUUUUAAACCUCUCGUGCUAAUAUUGAUACCCGAGCAAGCGAAAGAUUCCAAAAUUAAAAAAAUGAAAUCUUGAGCGUUGCAAGGGUUUCAAGGCCACGAGGGUUAAACAAAUUUUCCGAGUGAAACACAAUUUUUUUUACCACACCAACACAAGGAAAAUACUAACUGUAAAAUAUCAAACAAAAUCAAAGCAUAUCGAUUUAAAUUGAAUGUUAUUAAAUAUUUAUCAUUUAAAAGUUAAUUCUACCAGCAAACAUAAGAAAACAACUCAAAAUUUGCAUUUGAUUACUUUGCCUCACAUGUGAUUACAAUGCAACCAUCUUAUCCGUUUUUGAAUCAAGAGAGCCAGAAAAAAAACACCACAAUUGUUUUUAUUACCUUUCCCGGUUUAAUAUCUUUUUAUUAAAUAUUGAUCCUAGCGAAAAAGUGUACGAAAUCUUUCUUGUAGAUAAUUUUAUGUACAUUAUUUAUGCAUAUGAACGUUUUUUGCUAUGAGCAUGUUUACGAGUUAUUUACGAAAAAUAAAAAAACAGAAGUAAAGUUUUUUUUGUACUAUUUUGACUAUAAAAUUAACCAGAUGUCAUAAAAAAAGCGUGGUCGUGCCAGUUAGCAUCUACCCAGCACGACCCUGACCUUUAUGUCACCUGGUCUAAACCGUACGAGUACAAUUUUUUAAAAAUAAUAGUACAAAAAAGUACAUUUCUUUUGUAGUAUUUUGAAAAUAAAGCGUGGUCGUGCCAGGAAGGUACUACCCAGCACGACUACGGCCCCUAUGUCACAGUGCUCAAACCGUAUAGUACAUUUUUUUAAAUAAAAAAUACAAAAAAGUACUUUUUCCUGAAUUUGUUCCGCAAUAUAUGUUACAAAAUAUUUCGUGGUCGUGCUGUAUAGCAUCACACACGGAAACUUGGUUGCUAUAGGUACGUUUUUUCCAUUAAGUGUGAAAAUACAAGACUAAAGAUGUAUUAAAAUUACUUACCGUAUAAUGAGGACGGUACCUAAUCAUAUUAGUAUUAACACUUUUAAUAUUUGGUAUUUGUCAUAAAAUACUUGUAAAACAUGUGGAGGCGUUAAUGAUUUGUGGUUUGAUUAGAAUUAGGUAAGUAGGUAAAUUAACUGUUAAGAUAUCAAAAAAACAAGUGAAAAGUGAAAGUUUUUUUACCCUUUCAUCCGACCACAAAUUAUUUCUAAUCUUAGAACGUUAGAACCUUCUUAGUUUUUGGAGUCCUAUUUAAUCCUAUACCAACCAAUCAUUAUAACGUAAUCGAUUGACACCUCAUUAAUCAAAAUCGGGUCAGUAGCUUCGACGAUGUUUGAAACAUACAUAAUAAGGAUAAAUACAUAUAUACCGACAUACAUAAUAUUAAGUAGACUGUUCGGGUUACUCGACUCAUUUUACGGUAUGGUAAUUCGAAUAAGUCUGUUUGUAUUUACUGUUUUACUUGAUUAGUGCAAUACAGAUAUUGUCAAUUAUUGUUGGCAUGUUUUGCAGUUUAGCAUACGCUUUAUACGGGGUGGGGCCUGUAACACGGGCGACACAUUCUUCAUUCAGACUUCUUAGAUAUGUGAAGUACCAUGUGUGCUGUGUUUUGUCCUGUUACAGACCCUAUUACCUAUUGAUGUGGAUCGUUCAGCUUCAAAUUCGCACAAGAAGGUCCAUUCUUUUUUGGAUGAAACUGUAAAAAGAGAUAGGCGACAGAUAUAGAGAUUAUUCGAUUAUGAAAGAAAAAGAUAGAGCUUAAUAUACUUAAUGGUUCGAUUGCAUUUAUACGAAUACGGCCUAUUUACUAAACACUGUGAUACGUUGAUAACCUUCUGAUUAGAAAAUGAAGCAAAACGAUUCAUACUUUAAGGAAUAAAGAUUCUGUCACUGUUGUUAUCCUAGUCGUCAGACUUGCUAUCACACCGGCAUUGAUGCAUACUAAAUAAAAGUAUUUUUGA